CAACACACAUAACUGCAGUGACCAGAAAAAGCUUCUAGUUUGGUCCAUUUUGAGAAUAGCUGAUAUGAUCAUGAAGGUUUCUAGCUUCUGUGCUUUGCUCUUGUUGGUUGUCACAGCUUUUACCUUUUUUAGCUUCUCAGGUUCCAUCACAGAUUUGGUUGGUAGAAAAUGUGUUGAUGAACCAACAGCAAUUGCAGGAAGCAGAAAACUCAAGGAAAAUGUCAAUAGGAUUAAGAGCAAUGAAAAAGGCGAUACCGGAGAUCGCGUAAGACUCGAAGAUUACAAUCCAAUUGAUCCAAUACCAGGUGGAGCAAAGAAUGUUAAUCCAGGACCAAUUGAACAUGGAACUCCUCUAAUGCCAUUCAUACCAAAAUCUCCACCUCCUGUUGGUCCUGGAGAUUAUGAUUAGUAACAACUUGUUCUUCUCUAGCAGAACCAAUGCUUAAAGAUUGUAAUAAUGCUAUAUAUGUGUAAUCUGGUUUAUCAUGUGUUACUGUUGUGUGAAACCCUAGAAAUUUUGCAUAACUUAUAAAGUGGCCAAUGUUUGUAAUCUAAUGUAAUGUACUUGGAAGUAUUAUGUAUCAUGUAUGUAUGUGUGCUUGUUAAA